UUUCCGCUUCUUCGGUACCUGCUAUGCCGCUCUGGUUGCUCUGUGCAGGUAGCGGCCUCGUCGCUGGCGUGGCUGAAGGCCUCGAGCUUGGUGGGAUCGACGACAACCUUAGUCUGCCAAUUCUGUCAGCCACAGGUAUCUGGGGCCUUUUGUGGGCCUGGGGGAGGGUGGUCACGUGUUGGGUUCGUUGAAAAUCCAAAUAGAUGCUACUUCAGAUACUAUAUCCCCGUCUAGCAUUUAAUGUAAGUCGCAACAAGAUUGUAUUGUAUUAUAUCGCUAAACAACACUGGACCGAAAGAGGUUGCGAGAGACACGCUGAUAUAUUGCCUAGAAUCUCAAGUCUGGAUCUGUUCAAAGUCAAAGAUGCGCGCAUCUCGCUCCCAUGUAUACAUGUGCUGACGAAUGGAGCCGCCGAUUCAACACCACGAAGUCCUGCUCAUAUGCCAAUUCAAGCUCUAGAAAGCACGAGCAUGAACAUCAUUUUGCACUCGGCUGUAGCCAGGCUGUUUCGCCUGCCGUCUGCGUCUGACCCACACUCAAAUGAACAGAAGCAUCACUACCAGAAGCAAGGAAGAAAUAGUGAAAUUGAAGACUCCUCGCUCUUGCCACAUGACGCCGCAAUUUGCAUGCAUCCCAAUCAUUUUUGCGGGCCUGCACUGCAGGCACGCUGUAGUCUGCUUGUAAGGCUGCCUGCAACACCGCCCACGAACAUCAUCUCGUCGCCUCGAAGUAAAGGUGAUCGAGGGCUGCUCACCCGGUUGUGUGCCCUUUCGCAAGAAGCCGACAGCCUACGGGAGCGGACUCCAAGCCAAACGCGGGUCGAGCACAACAAGUGUUGCAGGAGGGUACCACGAAGCCAGCCAGGGAUGCUCACAGCUUCCCCUUUCGUGUCGAAACCACCUCGGGAUAAGACUACAACGCUGAGCAGGUUGCACGCCACGAGAUUCUCUCAGAGCAAUGGACCUUCUCCGAGGUACGGGCGGUCAGAAACUUGUGUGGGCCAAGUCUCCAGAAGGAAAUGCGAAUUGUUCCCACUUGGGGCAGAAGUCAUACCUAUAUUCAGCUGCGGCGUGAAAGACGUAGCUCUCAUUGACCCUGCUCUUGCAUUCGCAGCCUGUGUCCAUUUGAUGUGAACAUGCGGCCUGCUCCACAGGAAGUUCAUAGAUGGAGUAAACGCUGUGACUGAAAGUUUCCAAGCAAAUGUAUUGCUGUCGCUAACGUCUGGAUAUAAUAUGUUUGCUGACGUUUUAUCGGGCGAGCAAAGUUCAACUACACGUCAAUA